AUGCCUUUGUCAUUUCAUGUAGGGUAUCGAGGUACCGGUUUCUGUGCAAGCUGCUGUCUGACAGGAUGUUCAUGGGUUCUUGGUUUCAGAUCGUUGCAAAGGGCGAGGUCUUCGUUAUUUUCUUGUGAGGACUUUGCUGAAACUACGAUCCGCCCCACCUCGGUGCCGAGUUCCUACGCUUACAACGGCCAGUACUCCCCUGCCCAUGGCAAUGGCGCAGGAAGACGCUGUACAGAGCGGUACAGCGACGGUUUAUCAGACCUCUACCCCGACACGUACCCAGAGCGGUAUGUGGGGAGAUACCACGAUCGUUACACCGAGCCCUACCCAGAUCGCGGGGCGGGUCCCUACGCGGAGCAAUACCCGAUGCCCUUACCAGAGCGGUACAGCAAAAGGUAUGCCGAGCCCUACCAGGAACAGCAGUUCCAGGACUCAUACCGGCCGUAUGACAGACCGUACGACCGGCAAUAUGACAAGUAUCCAGAGCGGUAUGGCAGGCAGUACCCCGAGCGUCCCCUUGAGUAUCCGGAGCCCUGUGUGGAGCGGUACAAUGCUUAUCAAUCGAGCUCCCUUUUCACCGACCCGCGCAACUCGCGACCAGAGAUGCCGCCUCUGCCGCAGCAGAUGCCGCCGCCGCCCCCUUCGGUGCAAACACCUCCCCCGCCGUUGCCACCGCCGCCCCCGGCGCCCAAGAAGAGCCGCGCAAGGGAGGCUCCGGUGAUGACUCUUGGCUCCAUGCCGGAGAAUCUGCUGGGCUCACCUGAGCUUCCCAGUGUUGGCUCCCGAGAUCACCGGCUUGGCGGGUGCAAGCCUUGCGCCUUCCUCGUCAAAGGCUGCCAAAAUGGCAUUAUGUGCAAGUUUUGCCACCUGUGCGAUGCUGGCGAAAAGAUGCUUGGAUUGCCGUAUAGCGGGGGGUCUGUGCGGACAACCUCGAACGUUUGGCGUGUACCACUCUGGUAG